UCAAAUUUGCGCGGGUUUGGCCCUGGCAUAGUCAUGGCGGCCUUCCGCGACUUAGAGGAGGUGAGCCAGGGGCUGCUCAGACUGCUGGGCGCCAACCGCGCCGAGGCGCAGCAGCGGCGAGUGCUGGAGCGCCACGAGCAGAUGGUGCAGCGGCUGCUGGAGACGCAAGACGGCGCCGAGCAGCAGCUAGGAGAGAUCCUCGCCAUGGAGAAAGAAGUGGCCCAGAAUCUUCUGGACGUGAAGGAGCAGGCACACCAGGGGGGAGCGGAGCUGCAGCAGCUGGAAGCCGAGCUUCAGAAGGCCGGAGAGGAGGACGCCAGGCUGAAGGGCAGCCUGCUCCAGCUCACCAGAGAGCUGGAGGAGCUCAAGGAGAUGGAGGCAGAUCUCGAGAGACAGGAGCGGGAAGUUGACGAAGAUACGACAGUCACGAUCCCUUCCGCCGUGUAUGUGGCUCAACUUUAUCGCCAAGUCAGUAAAAUCGAGUGGGAUUACGAGUGUGACCCAGGGAUGAUCAAAGGCAUCCAUCACGGCCCCAGCAUCGCCCAGCCCGUCCACCUGGAUGGCACCCAGCUCUCCAGCAAGUUCAUCAGCGACUAUCUCUGGAGCAUGGUGGACACCAAGUGGUAGCCCGGAGUGUCGUGGCCGUGUCUCGCUCACAGCGGGACUCUUCUGCGGUGGGAUCAGUUUGAAACGAAAUCUUAAAAUGUAGAUGUUUUGUUUUUUUCAAACUGGAUUUCUUUUUCUCUCAAUUUUGGCCUCAGAUCCUGGACUGGCCUCUGCCUGGUCGUGGGAAACUGACUUAGCCGUGCUAAGCCUGUGACAUCACAUUUGUGGCAACGUGCUGCAAAUACCACCACAGUAUUCAGUGACACAUCCCAGGUAUUUGUCAUUUUUGAUUCAAGGUCAGCUCUUUUUUAUCCGUUCAAGGAGUCUCUUUGAGUGUCACGGUGUGCCCAGAACUGUGCCAGGUGCCAGAGACACAGAUGCAAGUGACAAGGAUCCCCCUUGGUCCACAGAGGAUUCAACACAGAAGUAGACGCCGCUCUUGAGCGGGAGAGGGGUCCAGAUUGUGACAGGCCCCCAGCUGGAGAGCGUGCGGGUUGCACGGGGACCAGAGCAACGUUUGUGAUGGGACUCAUGAGGUGUUGCUCAUUCGGAGAAGCAGUGAAGGGCGGGUAGAUUAUGGGAUGUCCAUUCUGAGGACUCUCCUGCGGCUGUCAAAUCCCACUCCUGACACCAAAAAAAAAAGACUAAGUUUGAUGAACAGGCGGCAGGGUGCCCGUUAGGGGAGGUGAGUUAAGCGUGGGACAGAGCUGUGUGUCGAGUGUGACCUAAUUAAAAGGACAGUUGACCAAUCAUGGACAUUUUUGUGGGGGACGUGGAGUAUAUAACCAGUUCAGAAUCUGGUUUUCCUUCAGGGACCCACUGUCCUCCCCUCCGCUCUCCGAGCCUGUGACUCCGGGGUGGAGUGCACUGGAGACCACUGGUUGCCUCCAGUUAAAACACAUUUCCCAGCCUCCUUGUAGUUAAGUUCUGGCCACUGAAAUGUACUUAGAAAUGUUUUAUGAAAGUUCUAGAAAGAUCCUUAGAAAGCAAGUAUACCUUUUCUUCCCCCUUCCUGUUUCGUAGAAUUUGGGGGUGAUGGCUGGAGCCUUAGCAGCCAUAUUGCCGCAAGCAAGGAAGGGUGCCAUCCUCUCGGGAUGACAGACCCGGGUUCCCUGGUGACAGUGGAGCCAGAGAUCAGUACAAACUUAUUUAAAUGGGGAGAUGAGGGGAGCAAACCUAAACUUCUACUUUGUGCAAGCUAUUGUUAUUGUGGGUUUUCUGAUACAAAUAGCCAGAAUAAAUGCUCAGUGAUUCAG